CUUGUUGACAUAAGGGAUCUACUGAAGAAGAAAGACAAAAUGCCUUUCAAAGGGCUCGGUUCACUGAAAGAAAGAUUUUUUAACCCAGGAAAGGAAGAGGUGAAGAACACCAUUAGUGACUCGCUGGGGAAUCUGAGAAGGAAAAUCGAUGGCCUCAAUGUAGAGGAGGAUCACAUUGAGCUGACAGAAGAGGGGCGGCCCGUGCAGGCGAGCACCCGCAAGCCAGCGCUGUGCGAAUGCUAUUGCUGUGGGCUGCCCAAGCGCUACAUCAUCGCCAUAAUGAGCGGUCUGGGCUUUUGCAUCUCUUUCGGAAUUAGGUGCAACCUGGGUGUUGCCAUUGUGGAAAUGGUGAACAAUAGCACCGUUUAUGUCAAUGGGAAACCAGAGCUGCAGACAGCCCAAUUCAACUGGGAUCCAGAGACCGUGGGACUCAUUCAUGGCUCUUUUUUCUGGGGUUACAUUGUGACACAAAUUCCAGGAGGGUUCAUUGCAAACAAACUGGCUGCUAACAGGGUAUUUGGAGCAGCUAUCUUUCUAACAUCUACAUUGAACAUGAUCAUCCCUUCUGCAGCAAGAGUGCAUUAUGGCUGUGUCAUGUUUGUAAGGAUUCUUCAAGGUCUGGUGGAGGGUGUCACCUACCCAGCCUGCCAUGGGAUGUGGAGUAAAUGGGCUCCGCCACUGGAGAGGAGCAGGUUGGCUACCACAUCGUUCUGUGGGUCUUAUGCAGGUGCAGUGGUUGCCAUGCCACUGGCGGGUGUGCUGGUACAGUAUAUAGGAUGGUCAUCUGUCUUCUAUAUUUAUGGAAUGUUUGGGAUUGUUUGGUACAUGUUCUGGUUGCUUCAUGCCUAUGAGAGUCCUGCUGCACAUCCAACAAUAAGCAACGAAGAAAGAAUAUAUAUAGAAACAAGUAUAGGAGAAGGAGCUAGCCUGGCUAAUGCAAGUAAAUUUAGUACUCCCUGGAAGAGAUUUUUCACUUCAAUGCCAGUUUACGCAAUCAUUGUGGCAAACUUCUGCAGAAGCUGGACCUUCUAUUUGCUCCUUAUAAGUCAGCCUGCUUACUUUGAAGAAGUGUUUGGAUUUGCAAUAAGCAAGGUUGGCCUUUUGUCAGCAGUUCCUCACAUGGUCAUGACAAUCAUCGUACCUAUCGGAGGGCAGCUAGCUGACUUCCUACGGAGCAGGAAGAUCUUAACCACCACCACUGUAAGGAAGGUCAUGAACUGUGGAGGCUUUGGGAUGGAAGCAACCUUGCUUUUGGUGGUUGGUUACUCUCAUACAAAAGGAGUGGCCAUUUCCUUUCUGGUGUUAGCAGUAGGCUUCAGUGGCUUUGCCAUUUCAGGAUUCAACGUGAAUCACUUGGACAUAGCCCCACGUUAUGCCAGCAUUCUGAUGGGGAUCUCCAACGGCGUGGGGACACUGUCAGGAAUGGUGUGCCCACUCAUUGUUGGUGCAAUGACAAAACACAAGACCCGUGAAGAAUGGCAGAACGUCUUUCUGAUCGCAGCCCUGGUGCAUUACAGUGGUGUGAUAUUCUAUGCCAUCUUUGCUUCUGGGGAGAAGCAGGAAUGGGCUGACCCUGAGAACCUCAAUGAAGAGAAAUGUGGCAUAAUUGAUCAGGAUGAACUGGCUGAAGAAACGGAGAUGAACAGUGAAACUUUUGUAAGUCCAAAGAAAAUGUACGGUGCUACCAGUCAAAAUAGUGAAGUACAGAGAAGGGAAUGGAGGAAGCAAAAGCAAGUAACUCAAGACACGGAAGAACAGACUUCAUACUAUUACGAAAAUGGAAAUUUUCAAGAUUUGUCUUAAUACUUAAAACUGUAAGAUUUGUAUAGCAUCUACUCCCUUGACCCCUUCUGCCUAACCACCCCAAAUCAUCAGGUAUCCAUGUUUAUUCUCUUAUUCAAUUAUGUAGCAUCUGACCGUUGGCCAGAUUCAAGGGGUGAUAGUUCCCUCCUAGUAGUGUGGAAGAGGGCUCACGACAACGCGACUGGGAGAAGUGAUACUAAAUCCUCUCCCAGCCAUCGUAUGGCCUUGGAAGCAUUUCUGUGCCCAUUAGAUGACCAGCCAGCAGGGCUCCUGCCUGAUACAAGCUGUAAGACUGACUGUAGGAGCAAGGAGUUCCCUCAUCUUCUCACCUGAACAGAGAAAGGACAAUUCAUAUCAGAUGGAUCCACAGUGAUCUGUGUAAUCACUGGGGCUCCAGUGGUGUGACAGUCUGCUGGGAGUGACUCCGCUUUGCCUUUUUAGGAUUCCUCUAGAUUGAUAUUUAAACUGCUUAUUCCAUGUCAAAACAUGAGCUCAUGCUAAAAGAUCACAGUAGAGGGAAAAGCAGAUUUAUAACUGUAGGCUGUAAUUAAUUACUAGUGGUCAUUCAACAAAAGGGAGUGGAAUACGUAGCAAAAGUGGCAUAGUGUUGCUUCGAUAGCUCAUUCAAAUUGAUUGACAAUCUUCUUUAUAUGCACAGCCCACAAAGUCUGGAUAAGGCAAUAAAAUGGAUACUUGUAAAAUUUCACA